AUGCAAGAAGGUAGAGCCUCACAUUACACUAUGCAUCAAAUCGAAACUAAUUAACAAGUAAGCACCCGUCAGUGAAGGACCAAAAAUAUAGCAAAUGAACAAUCAGGCAGAAAAGUCGAAGGAACUAGCUUCUCUGCGGGUGCGUUGACUGCAACGCCUGUUCCUUGAUAGGCCCACUCAUUCAUUCGCAAAAGAUGAGUUCCGGAGGACAGCCUAAUGCGUACAGUCUGGAGUUCCAAAAAGACGCUAAGCGUCACCAGCUCGACGUUUUGCCGGUUGCAGUGACGCUAACCACACUUGUUUUAAGGCGAGUUUCUCUACUCUCAAAUAGAACUCUGUAGUUUUGUAUCGCGCCUCACGAUUAAUAGGCUAGCUAUUACUAUUUCUCGGUGACCAUUUCACAAUCGGAGUCCGAAAUCAGCAGACUCACAGCUUUUUUUAAUAUGGGACUCAAGUGUUAUCAAGAUGUUUAGAACCCGUUAGGUGGUUGAAUACUGCCGAAAGGCUUAAUGUUGCUUAAUGUUGUCACGAACUGGAUAUAACUGGGAUCGCCCUUCCGGCGGUCUUGGCAUACAAAAAUAAAGUUGGCCUUGGUGGGGCACGUGAGUGAAUGAAUUUAGUGAGGAGGAUCAGAUGAGAGUCACGUAACGCAGCAGGAUGAUGCAAAAAAGUGUUGCUAAUGCUUUCCGGGAGCAUAAUUGGACUCGGGAUCUGGACAUACGGGAAAAGCUACUACUACGAAUCUGUGGUGCUGGGCUUUCUGUGGAUUGUCUUCAACACGUACCACAUUCACAAAGCAAAUGAUCGAGUGGAGGCUGACUAUUACAGGUAUCUACUACGACGUGGUGGCAUCUUUUCAUGUUUAAUUUGUCUUCACGUUAUGGCUUCGUCUUGCCGGUAGACUCGUAGUGCUACUUGAGACGACAUGAUGAUGGUCUGAGUAAGUAUCUAUUUAGGGCUCCACUGGAAGCAUUUUUUCAAAGUCUAGAGCGGCCAAAUCAAAUGAAAGAAAUCUCAGACGACUGCUGAGUCGUUAUGGAAAGAUGCAGAAGAAGAUGAGGACGAAAAUGGCUGCUGACCCUCAUUUCUCUUAACAGUUCCUAUGCGGGCGGGACGCAUCUAUCAAUGGACGUUGCUGCAUGGUACAAGGUCGAGUCCAUGCUCACCGUGUACGCGCUUCUGCUGCUGAUCAUACAUGGUAUUCUUGAGCGUAUCAGAAAAAACUCGUCAACUUGCUAUGAUCAUGUUGGUUAGACACCUUUCAUAGAUCUGUUGUGUCGAGUGCAUUUUUCACAGGUUUUUGCAUACCACGAAUUCCCUACUCGGGAUCGGGAAUGUGCAAUGAAUAUGGUUUCACUUUCAACCACUAGAAAAAAUAACUCUUGUCACUCAGGAAUGUGCAAUGAAUGGGCUUUCAACGACGAGUUGCUUCAAGGGUGGUAUUUUUUGAUCCUGCUGUAUCUCUUCGAGAUUGAGCAGGAUCAAUUCACGAACACGAUUUUCGUCCCCAUCAUCUUGGCCCUGGUGUUGUUCUUAUGUCUCGUGGAAUGUCUAUUAUCCUGUAACCGACUACUACUAGUACUAACUGGAUGUAAGCGACUACUGCUACGAGCUAGUACUAACGAUAAGCUACAGAUUUUUAUAGCAGGAUCACAAAAUACUUUUGAUAGUAUAAAACUUGCUUCCAUCUUUUGUUGACGAGCAGUUUUUCUGCUCUGUCUUAGUUCUAGGAGGAAUCUUGACUUGCUCCGAUGAAUCCCGACCCUCUUCAAUACUGAUUCUCAAGCUGUUAUUUCGCUGUCCCGAUGAUGCGCCUACGGACGCAAUCAAGAAAAAAGAGCUGCUAUGCACAUUUGGGUUGUGGCUUCUCAUGGUCAUUGUCUACGCGGUUCUGUCCUACACUGGCGCGGCGGGGAGCGAUGCGAGCAGGAGUCGUGAUUCGCAAAGCGACGGUGGCACUGCGAUGCCCUCGGGCAACUACAGCGAGAACCGGUCGUCGAUCGUGGAACCGGGAACACAUUUCCUAGUAGGCCUCAUUAUGCUUGCAAACUUCUCCCAAAACUUUGAAUCAGGAUAGCAGGAAGGUCUGAGAAGUUUCGUGAGCACAACUUUAUUUUCAUUUCAAUGUAGGUGUCCUUGUAAUUGAUCUGAUUACCCAGACCCACGAAGUAUCUUCAGACUGACCUUGUUCAUUUGUGUGGUGCUUGCAUCCUACAUGACUCUUCGAGUGAUCGAGCGGGCAAAGCGCGUGGUUUGGAAGAAGAACGUGCUGAAAAUGAAGGCGGCAGUACGUGAGAGACAGCGCUCGCGGCAACGCGAUCUGGAAGCUGCGGAAAGUGCUGCUGCUGCAGCAGCGGGGAGUGAAGCACUUACGACAAAAGAACAAGAAUUUCGGAUGAGCAGCAAUGUGUAGACUGGUUGGAUCCGAGACAGCCGCUACAAAUUAUCAAACUUGUCUUUCAAAUGGCUAUUAUAGAACUAGGGCGACGUAGUGUUUCAACAAGUAGAAGUAGAACUAGAGCAGCUUUUUGUUCUGUCUCCCCUCUUUGGAAGAACUCACAGAAUAUCGUGUCCUUUUCUCGCGCUAAGGUGAAGCCACAAUCGGCAGAAGAUCAAGAUGUGCUAGAGGACGAGGUCGAGGACGACACGGAUGACGGAGCACCGGAGCCAUGGGUUCAACAGAAGCUGAAUAACUGGAUGGCCUCGGAAUCGAACUCAAUUUUAUGGGUGAUCCACUUACAAACUUACAAUUCCUGUGGAUCUGUGGAUAGGAAAUUUGAAUUUCUUUGUUUUCAAGUAGAAGAAGCUUCAGCUUUUUCGAGUAGAAAGUAACACGUAAAGGAUCUUUCAAGUUGUUGAGUGCUUACUUGUCUUACGCUGAAUUUACGUAAUGCAGUUGGGUGGAUCUAAUGCUUCCGCGAUCAACUCCCAUAGGAAUGCAGAGAAUCGCUCCAGGGUUAGAGGUAGAAGACUUUCCGCCGGAAAAUGAUGCUGGAGCACCAAGCGCGGCAGUGCGAAACCCUCCGGGAACAUCUACAGAAGCGAUUACCGACAGUAACAAGUCAUUGACCCCUUGGAAUGUUGAUUUUUGCCGAUCAUGCUAUCGUGUAAAGAAAGUGACUAUUUGAAGAAAGUUGACUUAUGUAAGGCAGAGCACACACUUGCUCUACGAUAGAAUUGAAUUUGACUCAGAAUUUGUAGGAUGGAUGCACGUAGUGGAAGUUGUAUAUGGACCUAUUUUAUUGCUUGAAAAAUCUCCGAUCCCAGAUGUCGCAGCUUUGCUGGUUGCGCCGCGUGAGACUCCGCCUCUGCCAGCCGGGUCAGGGUCGACCGAGCUUCUAGAUGUGGACUCGUCAAGCAACAGCGAAGGCGAGUCGCUCUCAGCGUCCUCAAGCUGUGUUGAUACUAGUGCUGGAGCAGGUGCGACGGAAGCUGCAGAUCAGGGUAUAACCAAGCAGCCAGAAGAACAAGGUAUACCCGGAAAGGUUCUUGAAUCUCAGUCGAGCAUCCCAACAGUGAUAGAGUUAAGGUCUCUUUGUAAUAUUUCAGGCUUGUGGUCUUAAGUACUUCAGCUACAACUAUGACAUGGAGCGAACACGUGACACCUUAAAAUGUGGCUUUCGCGCGUGGCGGCAAAGAGCACACUUUACAGCAAAUUCAUUAGUGGAAACUGGCGAAGAGUAAGGAAGAUUCAAAAUCUAUCAUGGGACAAACGUGAACAGUAGUAGAAUGAAUGUGAAGGUGUAUUCUCAAGCCGAACGAAUUCACUCAAAUCUAAUAUAACCCCCUCCGACGGGAGUAGACACGAGGCUCACGCGCGAGGGGAGAGCAGUAUUAGCUGCCUUCGAGCGAGCUGCAAAUGUCCCUGCAGAAGAUUCGAUGUUAGCUAAUGCUCGACCUGACUCCGAUGUUCCUGCUGAUAGUAGCAUUGUCGGCGCAUCGCAACUACCAGAAGAAGAGACGAAUUCGUAAAACGAGUGAGCAGUUGUCUAAACAUUGUCCGAUAGCGGUACAGCAGAGGGCAACGCGGCUGCUGCAGCCUCCUCCGGACUCAGCUUACUCUCUUUAGGAGGAUCAUUCCCCGGCUGCAAGACAAGUGGGGCAACCUAUUUCCGGCACGGGUUGCGCUUCAAGACGCGGCGCGCGUCUCGGCAAAAUUCCUUCGCCAAGAGUGGCAGUGGCGGACGCAGAUGGUGGUCGCGACGAGACGAGCAUGCGGUGUGGAUACUUAAGAAGGGCAAUGAUGCAGUUGCGCUUGGUGAAGACCAAAUCUUUGCAUCGAGAUUUCGAGACGUGCCAUGGGAACGCACCUCGUAGAAACAAUACGAUCAUAGGAUGAGUAGAGCAGCAUUGGAGAAGAUUACUUAACAAGGUCAAGUGUAGACCUAACAACUUUUUAACUGAGGCUGCAGUUGCUGGGUAAUCAGAUACCACGUGGUUCUCAGUGGGUGUUCAUGAACGUCACGAAACGCGAAUUCUCGGUCUAAACACAAACAGGUAGAGGUCUCGUAUUUCCCUCGCUGCUAGAAUGAUCUUUCGCUGCUGUAAGAACAAUCUACAACCGGUUUCAGAUUAUGAGGAGGUAGAGUUUAGUGUGCUCUACUCGAGGUCGGCUCUCAACAUAAGUUGUUGUCACUAGCAGCAUCAGAUACCGCUC